AAAAAUUUUGGGCUGACUCUAUUCCCUCCUAACGCCGCCGUUCCAUCGAAGUUAGGUCUUCAGGUGCGAUCACUGGAAAGUGUCUCCGGCGCCGACCCACUAGCACUAGGUUUUUCGCUACCAUGCGCCUUUCUCUCCGGCCGUGGUUUGGCCACGAUCAGUCAAUCAAGGUUAAAAACACAAAAAAUGGCUUAUAGACGUCACGAGGGCUACAUAUCUCACUUGACAGAGAAGGAGUUAUCACCGUCAAUUCCCCGCUUUGUCCAUGUAUUGGAUGAUGAUGAUGUUUCACAUGCACUGCUCUUGCCAUCUUCAUUUGCUCCAAGGGUGGUGCACUUGGUAGACCAAGAAAUCCUCCUUGAGGAUUUAUGUGGGCAGAUAUGGCCCGUGACUCUAUCCUAUGUUGACAAUGCAUUAGCAUUCGCAUCGGGAUGGAAAAUAUUUUAUAGGGACCAUGCUCUUGAGAGGGGAUGUUCCUUGAUAUUUAACUAUGUAGGAGAUAGGCACAUUUCUGUUCAAAUAUAUGAUCCAAGUGGCUGUGAAAGAACUUGUUUCACCUAUCCAGUGCGACAGCUGAACAAUCACGACUACAAUCAUGUUGGAGUUGAGGGAAUUUCUGAAAUAGGAUCAGCUCCUCAAACUGCAGCCAUGGGGAUUCCUCAAAGAAAUGGAGUCUCUAUUUCCGAUAUCCAUAAUGAUGAAAUAAACGGGAAAGGUUAUGGAAAAGGGAAAGAGCCAAUCAUCGGGAAGAAAUGGGGAUCCAUUCAUCUUGAUGCAACCCCAAUUAUGCCGCCACCAGGGUUUAGCAAGCCAAUGGGAUGUAUCUCAUUGGAAAGAAUGCAUGCCUCCAGACUUGUAAUCCCAACGGAGGCAGAACUUGUUUCUGUGAAACAAGAGGACCCAAUAAGCCCGCCUCCUGGGUUUAGCAAGGCGAUGAGAGGUAUCUUCUUGGAAAGAAUAGAUGCCUCCAGACUCGUAAUCCCACCGGAGGCAGAACUUGUUCCUGUAAAACAAGAAGACCCUAUAAGCCCGCCUCCUGGAUUUAGCAGACCAAUGGGAGGUAUCUCCCAUGAGAGAGUGGAAGCCUCUCGACCUGUAAUCCCAAUGGAGGCCGAACUCGUUCCUAUCAAACAAGAAAUUUUUGUUGAGGGUGGAAUGAAUGAUACAGUGCAAGGGCGUAGGUUUUUAAAGGUCUACCAUCGGCGGAAACGAAUAUGAAGAUCAACACCAUAUUGAUUUGUCCGGUCAACAUAUAAAAAAUUGACUGGCUGUCCAUAUCUAUAGGAUGUGUUGCAUAGACAUAUAUUUUGUUACGAGAUCAAUAAUAGUUUGGGUUAUAUAAGUUCAUGUAUUGUAUUUAUAUUAUAUUAAUGUAUGGUGUGUGUUGGUUAUCAUUGUAUCAUAUGGUUUCCAUCGUAGAUGUACCGUGAAUCAUUCAGUAAUUAUUUGUUAUUUAUUUGUUAGGUUAGGUUGGGAGUGGG